AUGGCGCACGACGCAUCCGAAGCUUCUACCUUCUUACCACCAGGGACAGUGCAGAUCCUUCGUGUCCAUGGCGAACUCAGCGCCGAUGAGAUCGUGCUGGUUCCCAAGCCGUCCGACCACCCCGAUGACCCUCUCAACUGGUCCAAGUUUCGCAAGCUCGUCCAUGUGUUGAACAUCUACUUGUACGUGUUCACUGUGGGCAUCGGCGCGACUUGCACCUACUCCUAUUUCGUCGACAUCUCCAAAGACACCGGCAUCACUCUCACGCAACUCAAUCUCGGCACCGGCUUCAUCUUCUUGCUGGCCGGUUGGGGCAAUCUGCUCUGGCAGCCGCUCGCUCUUUCAGUCGGGCGCAGACCUGCGUACCUCCUGAGUCUAAUCAGCAUUGCAGCAGUCACCGAAGGAACUGCUUGGGUUACCAAUUUCCCGCAGUGGGCGGCCGUCCGUAUCCUCUACGGCUUCCUUGUGGCACCUGUCGAGACUCUUCCCGAAGUCAGCAUUCCGGAUGUAUAUUUCGCCCAUGAGCGUGGUGCUUACAUCGGUGUCUAUUCCCUCGUUCUGAGUGGUAGCAAUUUCAUUGCACCGCUCAUCGCGGGUUUCAUGAAUGAAGCUGUGGGGUGGCGAUGGGUGCAGCAUUGGGCCGCCCUGCUCAUUCUGGCCAAUUUUAUCAUCUCAUACUUUACACUUGAAGAGUCCAUGUACUUCAGAGGUACUGUCGAGGCUGAUGUCUCGGCUGAGCUGGUGGAAGUACCUAGACCGGCUGGAUCUCUCGAGAACGGGGAUGAGCCCAAGGACAAGACCCAGACUCCCGUGCAGGGUACGGCGUCACAGAUCCCUGGACAGUCUACAGAAGUGCGGCGGAAGACGUACAAGGAAAAGCUAGCGCUCUUCUCGCCGACUCAUCUUACUCUCAAGCAAUGUUUCACUACUUCUUGGAGGCCGAUUCUCAUCUUCUUCCAGUUCCCGAACAUCACUUGGGCUGGGAUUCAGUAUGGCUUCACCAAUGCAUGGUACUCUGUCUAUAACGCAACUGCGUCGGCAAUCCUAUCCGCACCCCCUUACAACCUAAACUCUGGGAUGGUGGGUGUGACUUACCUCGCACCACUGGUUGGUGCUGCCAUCGGAGCAUACGUUUCCGGACCUCUGUCGGACAAAAUGGUGCUCAGGCUGGCACACCGUGCCGGCGGCCUGAGAGAGCCCGAGCAUCGUCUGUGGGGUCUCCUGUCCUAUGCCAUCAUCCUUCCCAUUGGACUACUGCUCUGGGGCAUUGGCGCGGCGCAUCAAACAUCCCUCGCCGUUCUGCUUGUGGGCUCGGUGUUCUGCGGUUACGGGAUUAUUGCCGGCGGCUCUUACGCGAUUUCGUACAACGUCGACUCGUUCAAGGAGAUUGCUGGCGAGUCCCUGGUGUCCUUGAUCCUCUGCCGAAACACCAUGACCUUUGCAUUUAGCUACGCCAUCACGCCGUGGAUCAAUGCCUCGGGCCUUCAGAACACCUUUAUCGCGGUAGGUGUGAUUGCCUUUGUCAGUGGCAUGAUGGUGUUGCCAAUGAUCUGGAAGGGCAAGGCGUUGAGGAUCAACUCUGCACCCCGCUAUUGGAGAUACGCGGCGGAUCAGAUGAUCACACACUAA